CGAGUUAAGCCCAAUGAGACGAGGAAGAACGUGCGGAAUCCGGUUCCACUCGCACUGGGAUCAUCGUGGCGUCAUGGCAUUUCUCUUACAGUAAACAUCGAUUUACCGAUUAUUCUUGACUUAUGUAAAAGCCUCCCGGCAAGCUUUACUCGAGUAGAUCCAAGUCACCACGGAAGAAAAAGAGCGAAAGAGGAAAAGUGAAAAAGAGAGGAAUCCGGCGACAGCAUACGAGAAAGUUACUAAAUGCCUGUCUCUUUACUAGUUCGCACUUAAGGCGAUAUUCUUACACAGUUGUCUUUAAAACCUAUACUAGCUGUAAUGAAUUACGUACAUAUGACUAGAUUAAUUAAUAUUUACCAGUGAGUUAACUACGAUGACAACAACGGAAAACCCCCAUCUCGAUGGACACUAAAUUAACAUAUAAUUAUUUUUAAAAUAACUAAUAAUUAUCGUUGGCAGUAUUUACGUUUAAAAACGUAUAUAAUAUUGUUAUGCAAAAAUAGGAAAAAUGACGACGGUAAUUGCAAACUUGGUGCAUGGCUACAGAGAUGUUAUCGACAAUAGGUCUGAUCCUAGGGUUAAAGACUGGCCAAUGAUGAGUAGUCCACUUCCGACAAUGGCAAUUUGUCUAUUUUACGCUUACUUUUCUAAGGUUUUGGGACCCAAACUAAUGGAAAAUCGGAAACCCUUUGACUUACGAAGAAUCCUAAUUGUUUAUAAUUUUAUUCAAACGAUAUUUUCUACAUGGAUUUUUUAUGAGUAUUUAAUGAGUGGAUGGGCGAGAGGUUACAGUUUUAGAUGCCAACCAGUAGAUUAUACGAAUAAUCCUAUGGCUCUUAGGAUGGUAAACGUUUGCUGGUGGUACUACUUCAGCAAAUUUACCGAAUUUUUUGAUACGUUAUUUUUUAUUCUGAGAAAGAAAAAUCAACAAGUCUCAACUCUUCAUGUAAUUCAUCACGGUGUGAUGCCUUUUUCAGUGUGGAUGGGAUUAAAGUUUGCGCCGGGUGGUCACAGCACCUUCUUUGCUCUUUUGAAUGCUUUCGUUCAUAUAGUAAUGUACUUUUAUUACAUGAUAGCAGCUAUGGGCCCCGAAUAUCAAAAAUAUAUUUGGUGGAAGAAGUAUUUAACUACUUUCCAAAUGGUUCAAUUUAUUCUAAUAAUGAGUCACCAAUUCCAAUUGCUCUUCAUUGAAUGUGACUAUCCACGCAGUUUUAUGAUCUGGAUUGGACUGCAUGGGGUUUUGUUUCUUGGUCUUUUUUCUGACUUCUAUAAAACCAAAUAUACCUCGACUAAUCAUAAAACAAAACAAAAUAAUACAAAUAAUGGCACCUGUAUGCCGGUUUUAGACGACAAUGAAUACAAGAUACAGCAGAAUGGAAAUUCCAUAUACACAACAACCAUUUAUAAAAAAGGAUACAACAAUUCUUACACCAAUGGCACCAAUAACGGCUACGCUGCCAAUAAUAACACUGAGAAAAAACUUGCUUAGGUUUGGCUUACAAGUGUCAUAAUUUCGAUAAAAAAAAAUAUUUUUUUUUGGCGAUUACAAAUAAUGUAAAGCCGUUUGUUUAUUUUAUUUACUUGAACUGUUGGUGUCCACGAUAAAAUCGUGUCAAUAUCGACGCACAUAUUAAUUUGUUGCGUGUCUGUUGCCUUGAACAGGCUCUAAAAACUAUAGUUUUUAUUAUUUUGUGUCUUGUAAAACAGAGUGUACAUGAUAUGAGUAAAUGCGCGAAUGAUGAACAAGUGAAUGAAUGAUAGUGUGUUAGUUUUGAUAUGUUGUACAGUUUAUUCAUGAAAAGCGUAAAUGCAAGAAUAAUAAUUUUCAAAAUUAAGAAUAGUAUUUAUACGAUAUAAAUAAAUGUUCUGUUUCAGAAUAAUUAAUAAUUUACUAAAUAAUUAACGAAGAAAGUCAGACUAUGGUCAACGUUGUUGUCACUUGUGAAUUAUUUAAAACGAAACGUUCCGACUUAAAAAACGUCUCCCUGGCGGGUCUGAAUUACGGUAAUUUAACUUAUUUGCCGUAAUUUACCGCAAAAUACGGCACAUUUACCACAAUUUACAGUAGUAUACGGAAUUUGACAGUCAACUACGGCAAAUUUUGCCGCAAUUUACGGCAAUGUACGACAAUUUACAUUAAUCUAUGGUAUUUACAGUAAAUUGUGGCAUUAAUAAGGUAAAUUUGCCGCAAUUCGCGGUAAUUAACGACAAUUAACAGUGUUUUUACUGUAAUUUACGACAUUUUACAGCAAUUGCCACUAAUAUACGGUAUGAUGCGGUGAUUUACGGUAUUUCUACGGCAAAUAUGCCGCUAUUUACGGGAAUUUACCCUAAUUCAUUUAAAAUACCGUAAAUUACGAUAUUUCUACGGCAAAUAUGCCGCAAUUUGCGGUAAUUAACAACAAUUUACAGUGUUUUUGCAGUAAAUUUGUCGGUAUUUACUGUAAUUUACGACAUUUUACGGCAAUUGCCAGUAAUUUACGAUAUAAUACGGUGAGUUACGGUAUUUCUACGACAAAUCCGCCGCAAUUUACGACCUUCUAUGGUAUUUUACAGUGAAAUACGGCAGUUUACCGUAGUUUACGGAAUUUUUACCGUAAACACAAUGUUUUUUUAUUAUUUUUUACAGUUUCAACAGUGCAAUAUUUUACUUUACGGUUAAAUACCGCAUUCUUACGGUAAAUUAUCGUUAUCUUACUGCAAAUUUACGGUCAAACUAUCGCACUUUCACCGUAAAAUACUGCAAUUUUACAGUAAAUUACAGUAAUUUACAUAAUUCGGAUCCGUUAGGGAUAAAUAUGGAAUAACGUAUCCAUGACAUGGAUUUAUAAAAUUACUUAAAUGCAAAUCAUUAACUCCAUUAACUUCAAAAGGUAAAUAAAUGAAUAGUAAAUAAAAUAAAAUGAGUUAUCUACAAGUCAACGUAGUGAUCAAAACAAUUUCAUAAAAACGCACAAACACGAGAGGUUAGAUAGAGAAAAAUAAAAUAAAAUAUAUAAGAAAAUAAUGCGGUGUCUAUCCAAUUUAUUGUUAUUAAAUAUUUAUAUUAUAUUCCAAUGUGUUCAGAGCUUCGAUAUUUAAACCUGACUAUUAAACAAAAACGUAAUUUAACAAUAAAGUAAAGUUUUUUAAAUAUUUCUAACAGUUAUGUUCAUAUUAAUCGUGUAAUUUAUAUUACUAGUAAAAACAACAGUAACUUUUUUUUAACUGACUUCGAAAUAAAUUUCUAUUAAUAGGUUCCAUUUAGAGAAUCUUUUGUGAAUGUAACUGAUAAAAACACUGUCCAAGGUGUUGCCUGCGUUUUUUUUCCACCAGCUAUCGAAUCACAAAUUUUUUAUAUAUUGAAUCGAACUUUGUAUGAUAUUAUUUAGCAAGUAUUUAAAAAAAAUUUUUAACUUGAUUUUUGGACUUGUCUACUGACUGCUAAACUAAUUGAUUAUUAAUCUCACGACUAAGAGGCUGUUAUUUUUAAAGCCUUUUACUGCUAAUAACUUUUUUCGCGACAAUUUUCAACUAUACCGUAAUUAUUCUUUUAUUGUUAUAUGAUAAAAAAAAAUGUCUAUACAUUAAUUUUAUAAAUAAAGUAUUCAGAAAUAUUAAAGUAAACCGGAAAAAAAUGUUUUGUGAAUAAGAAUUGAAGUUUCAAAUAUUUACGAUACUGAAUCUAGCGGACGUCUAAUAAUUUUUGGAUUUUUUAAAAAAUGAUAAAUUAUAAACAAAAAUUAUUUUAAAAAAUUGCACAUGUGGUUUUUUUAAUUUUCUAC